GCCUGGGGGUUGCUGGAUGUAUUGAUUUGUCCACGAGGAUGCGCAUUGUGCAGACCCCUUCCCUUCUACUCCACUAUCACUUAGUUUGUACGGACUCUACACCGUAAAACGUCAAAACCGCGCACACCUGUCCUCGUCUAUCCCACGUGCCUCAGUAUUGCUAGCAUCGCAACAAUUUCACCCUCACCCCCCCGCAGCCCCCAAAACAUUUUACCCCACCUAGUUGGAACUGCGGGGGCGCCGCUCUGGUAUUCCUCAGUCUUCCCUAGGCACUCGGCAGGCCAGUACCUAGUACCAUUUAUUUCAAAAGAUAAAAUAUUUAUUAUUAUAAACUAUUUGGAUAAAUAACACUCCCUGAAUUAACGAUAACCACACGAUACAAGAGACCGAUAAUUAAUCGUCGAUUCGAAUUCUCCAAUCAAUUAAAACCGAGAUAAAUUGACAUUAUUUUUUUCCUGAGACGAAUUAUUAUUUCCAAAUUUCUGGAAUUGCUUCGUUUUUUUUUGAAUUUUUUUUCGAUAUCAUUUUUUUGAGUGGAAUCAGGUGUGAUCAGCUGCGUUUGAGUGAUCAAAUUGAAUAUUUAUGAAUGGAAAUCAUUGGGGAGAGCCAUGAGUGUCGCUCAAGACGUGAAGAGCAAUAAUCGUUGAGCUACGAUAAUUCGAUGAUGAGAAAUUCAAUGGAAUCGAUUAAUAACGAACGAGACACUGGGGCCUGUUUACUCGAAGCACAUGUUCCAAAUUGAUAACUAUUUUUUGAUGAGACUAAUAGGAUCCAGAGUCCACGAUCAAUUGAUAAAGUGACUAUUGAUGUUGAAAGUUCACUAGGAUAAUUGGAAUUUAUUUAUCCUGCUGGAUGCAGAGAACUCUGGGAAAUACUUUGAUAGAUGAGUUAGAGAUAGAAGCAUCAGGUAUCCAUUGACAAUACAGACUUCAGGCGGAUGAGAAAGCAAUUAAUUAAUGAGCCACGAUAUGAAGUUGAUGUUUUUGAUGAAAGCAAUUUAUCCCUGGAUUUAGACGAUAUAAUCCUCAAAAAUUAAUCAACAAUAUUAUAAAAUAAUUGAGGAUUUGAAAAAACAGAGAGAGAACAGUGGUAAUACAUCAGAAAUUGUGCGAGAAGAGAUCAGAAACGUGGAACAUAUCGCUGCAAGUCAAUCACAAAGAAAUUGCCUUCAAAAUUCAAUAAAAAAACGUCGAAAUUGGCAGUAAAAGAAUUUUUUUAUUCAAUAUUAAAUGAACAUAAGAAGAAAUAAAUAUAGCGAACUGUUGAUAGUUUCACCUGUUGACGAAAUACACAGCAUCAGGCAAAGAUAGACCUAGGAGAAGGGCAAUAAUAAAGAAGAGAUUUUCCAGAAUCAAUAAAUCCACAGAUUAAUUAUCUAAAAUAAUAAAUAAAUCACUUGACUAUUUUUCCCCGCCCCACGCUUACACCGACAAGACACUAGUUAAAUAAUUGCGACGAUCGCAAAGCACCGAAAUCAAAUAAAAGUGAUGAAGAUAAAUAAAACGUCAGAAAAUAAAUAAAAUAAAAAAAUAACUGAUAAAGUACACGUCUAUGAAUGCACAUAUCUACGUAGAAAAUGAUGUUGUUGAUUGAGAGUCUAUUUUAAUGAAUAACAAAUGAGAAUAAUUGAGAGAGAUAAAUAAUAUAAUUUGCCAGUUGAACAAAGGGAGAAUUUUCUCUCAUCGAUAAUUGAUAAGUGACUGACUGAUUUGCAUUUCGUUUUUUGCCUGAGACUGAUAGAGGAAUAAUUUUUAUCAAGUGAUAAAUCCUGAAAAAGAGAGAGAGAGACGAAAGGGAAUUCGUUACGUUAAUAAUAGAAGGACAGCAUUCUCGUAUUGUCAGAGGCUAGAGAAAUAAAGAGUAUUAAAUAAAAUAAAUCAAGUUGAAAAUGUACGAAGGAGGAAUGGCUACUGACCAUCAGAUUUCGACUCUCGUAUCGCAUAGGGAACGACCACUAUGUUCCGAUCGGAGCCUACGGGCUGUUGCGAGGGUUGGACAGGCAGUGAAUCUCGCUGUCGAGAGAUUUGUUACUGUUGGAGAAACAAUUGCAGAUGACAAUCCAGAAAUCAAGCAGGCAAUGUACGAGGCGUGCAAAGAGGCACGAGUAGCUGGUUCAACAAUAGAGAAAUUGUGCGAAUGUGCUGUGGAAGACAGCAGCUUGGCUGACAGAGGAUUAGUGGUGCGAGCAGCUCGAUGUCUUCUUGGCUCAGUGACUCGUGUCCUGUUGCUAGCUGACAUUGUUGUUAUCAAACAACUGAUCUUUGUCAAAGAUAAAGUGGCACGUAGUCUCGGCAGGCUCGAGGGUGUAUCAAAUUUUACGGAAUUUGUGAAAGCAUUCAGUCAGUUUGGGGCUGAAAUGGUCGAGCUGGCGCAUCUGACAGGAGACAGACAGAACGAUCUAAAGGACGAGAGAAGAAGAGCACAGAUGGCAGCGGCACGACAAGUACUCGAGCGUAGUACAAUGAUGCUUCUAACAUCAAGUAAAGCUUGCUUGAGGCAUCCCGAGUGUCGGUCAGCCCGGGAAAAUCGUGACACUAUAUUUUGCCAGAUGAGACGAGCAAUGGAUUUAAUUCACUACGUAGUCAAGGAUGGUGUACUUAACUGUAGUGAAUCACAGUCGUGCUCAAACUCUCAGAGCCCUCAGCACCAAGAUUGGGAUAGCAGUACCGUUUGCUCAGCCUUAAAGCACUUUGAACGACUGGUGGAAACCACCAGGAUGACGCUAAUGGUACCUGGAUGCAGAAAUACAUUGACGUCAGCUUUGGAUACUGUAGUGGAGAGAACACAAGACUUCACUGAUAGUGCUUACACGAGUCACGAGCACCGAGAGAAUAUUUUACUCUUGUGUGAUCGAGCCAAGCUAGAGCUCAAUACCUUGUUGAGAGUUAGCAACAGUAUGCAAACUUUUGAUAAUGCACCGGGCUCACCAAAUUCUGAGCUAGAACAGGCCGUUCUGGGUGUGCUCAGAGCCACUAGAGACCUCAGGCAGCAAUUAGUCACGACCACAAUGGAGCAAGCUGGUGAUCUCGGUCAAGUGACCAAAGCUGGUCAGGAAUUGGUGGCAACCAUCAGAAAUUUAGCUCUUGCGAGUGAAAUCGAUCGACUCCAGGAGAGUAGUGAUCGAUUUCGCGAAUAUCUCGAGCAUAUUCUCGAAGUCUGCAAAUUACUCAGGCAUAUUGCCCUGUCAGAGUCACUGCAGGUAUCGGCUAAGUUCACGGAGAUUAAUUUGAGAAUUUAUGGACCACAAGUGGUAACAGCUGCGCACACCCUUGCAAGAUAUCCCACGAGUAAAAUUGCCAAGGAAAAUCUUGAAGUCUUUGCUGAUAUGUGGCAGUGGAUCAUGUCAGACGUGACAACAGUAGCUAAAGAUGUUUUAGAAUUGAGUCAGAGUCGACCGGAAAAGCAAGUUUAUAUGUCUCUACCUAGGCCAGGUAAACACGGAACAACAAGUAAGCCAUUGAAACCAGUCCGCCUAGAUAGCGAGGAGCAAGCGAAAAUAGCGAAAGCAGGACUUGAAAUGAAAUUAAUAACAUCAGAAAUGGACGCAGAGACUGAAAAGUGGCAGGAGAGUGGUUCUGCCCUGGAGGAGAAUAAUGACAUUGUAAAAAGGGCGAAAAACAUGUCUUCCAUGGCCUUCUCCAUGUAUCAGUUUACACGUGGUGAAGGUGCACUUAAGACUACCCAGGAUCUCUUCACGCAGGCUGAAUAUUUCGCUGAGGAGGCCAAUAGAUUGUACAAAGUCGUUAGACAAUUCAGUUACCAGGUGCCGGGUGGUCCUCACAAAAAAGAUUUGCUUGAAAAUUUGGAUCGUGUGCCAACGUACGUACAGCAACUCCAAUUCACUGUUAAAAAUCCAACAGUUGGCAAAGCAGCAACAUUCACUAAAGUGGAUAAUGUCAUUCAGGAAACAAAAAAUUUAAUGAAUGUUAUAUCGAAGGUUGUGACCACCUGCUUUGAGUGUGCAACAAAGUACAAUCUGGAUUUCCGAGGUUUGUCAGCUCGGGGUCCUGGCGGUUCACCGUACAGGGGCGACGGUUCAGGGGCUGAUGGCGAUGGUACUGGGGUUGGUGCUGAUGGCACCAAGAGUGGAUCAGCACCCGGUAGCGAUCCGUCUGUCUGACAGUUUGGAAUGGCCCGAAGGGCCAAAGGGGAUGCGCGUCGUACUCGUGUUUCAUUUUUACUUUUCUAAAGAGUAAUAACCACCGAAUUGCUCUCGACCCACCAUACCUCAUUCAACAGCAAUUUUUUAACAUUCUGAAAGCCCAAGGAUAUUUAA